AUAUUGGACAUACAGAAUCAGGAUCCAUAAUACUUUAUCACCUGGAAUCAAGGAUUUAUUUGAUAUCCUCCUCGGUCUUUACUUCAUAUCAAGUAGCAUUUUUUGAGAAAAGAUUUAACACAUUUACGAUAAGGGAGUCUUUAAAGUUAAUUAAUACACCCUGUACUUCAAAUGCCUAAGAAUAGCAAAGUAGUGAAAAGAGAAUUAGAUGAUGAGGUUAUUGAGUCUGUCAAAGACCUUCUUUCUAAUGAAGACUCAGCUGAAGAUGCUUUUAAAAAGAGCGAACUAAUUGUUGAUGUUCAAGAAGAGAAAGAUACAGAUGCUGAAGACGGAUCUGAAGUUGAAGAUGAAAGACCAGCUUGGAACAAUAAGCUACAAUACAUCCUGGCCCAAGUUGGAUUUUCUGUCGGUUUAGGGAAUGUGUGGAGAUUCCCAUACCUCUGUCAGAAGAAUGGAGGUGGUGCAUAUCUUUUACCAUAUUUAAUACUACUUAUGGUGAUAGGUAUUCCUCUUUUUUUCCUGGAACUUUCGGUGGGUCAGAGAAUUCGGCGAGGCAGCAUUGGUGUGUGGAAUUACAUAAGCCCCAAACUGGGCGGGAUUGGAUUUGCAAGCUGUGUAGUGUGCUACUUCGUGGCUCUCUACUACAACGUCAUCAUUGGGUGGACUUUGUUUUACUUUUCUCAGUCUUUUCAGCAACCUCUACCUUGGGAUCAGUGUCCUCUGGUGAAAAAUGCAUCACACACUUAUGUAGAGCCAGAAUGUGAGAAAAGUUCUGCCACCACCUAUUACUGGUACCGAGAAGCCCUGGAUAUUUCCAACUCCAUUUCGGAAAGUGGGGGCUUAAACUGGAAGAUGACAAUCUGCUUGCUGGCUGCCUGGGUCAUGGUUUGCUUGGCGAUGAUCAAAGGCAUUCAGUCUUCUGGAAAAAUUAUGUAUUUUAGUUCUCUGUUUCCAUAUGUGGUACUUAUAUGCUUCCUCAUCAGAGCGUUGCUUUUGAAUGGUUCAAUUGAUGGCAUUCGCCACAUGUUUACUCCUAAGCUUGAGAUAAUGUUGGAGCCCAAGGUCUGGAGAGAAGCUGCUACUCAGGUGUUCUUUGCCUUAGGUCUGGGAUUUGGCGGUGUGAUUGCCUUUUCAAGCUACAACAAGAGAGAAAACAACUGUCACUUUGAUGCCGUCCUGGUGUCCUUCAUCAACUUUUUCACUUCUGUCCUGGCGACACUGGUGGUGUUUGCAGUUCUAGGGUUCAAAGCGAAUGUCCUAAAUGAGAAAUGCAUUGCAGAGAACUCAGAAAUGAUCAUAAAAUUUUUGCAACUGGGAAACAUUAGUCAGGAUAUUAUUCCCCGACAUAUCAACUUCUCAGCGGUUACUGCUGAAGAUUAUCAUUUAGUUUAUGACAUCAUUCAAAAAGUCAAAGAAGAGGAGUUUCCCGUUCUUCAUCUCAACUCCUGUCUAAUCGAAGAUGAACUAAACAAAGCUGUUCAGGGGACUGGUUUAGCUUUUAUUGCCUUUACAGAAGCCAUGACACAUUUCCCUGCGUCUCCCUUCUGGUCGGUAAUGUUUUUCCUGAUGCUGAUAAAUCUAGGACUUGGCAGCAUGUUCGGGACCAUUGAAGGAAUCAUCACACCUAUUGUGGACACUUUCAAAGUCAGGAAGGAAAUUCUUACUGUUCUCUGUUGUCUUCUUGCAUUUUGCAUCGGCCUGAUAUUUGUGCAACGCUCUGGAAAUUACUUUGUUACCAUGUUUGAUGAUUAUUCUGCUACAUUGCCUCUGCUAAUUGUAGUCAUUUUGGAGAAUAUUGCUGUAAGCUUUGUUUAUGGCAUAGAUAAAUUUGUAGAAGAUCUAAAGGAUAUGCUGGGCUUUGCUCCCAGCAGAUAUUACUACUAUAUGUGGAAAUACAUUUCCCCUCUGAUGCUGUUGUCCUUGCUGAUCGCAAGCAUUGUAAACAUGGGAUUAAGUCCUCCGGGCUAUAAUGCAUGGAUUGAAGAGAAGGCGUCGGAAGAAUUCCUGACCUAUCCAUUGUGGGCAAUGGUUGUCUGUGUCUCCCUGAUGGUGCUUGCAAUACUUCCUGUCCCGGUAAUCUACAUCAUUCGUCGCUGCAACCUCAUAGACGACAGUUCUGGUAACUUAGCGUCUGUGACCUAUAAGAGAGGAAGGGUCCUGAAAGAGCCGGUGAACUUGGAGGGAGAUGACGCAAGUCUCAUUCAUGGAAAGAUAACAAGUGAAAUGUCGUCUCCAAAUUUUGGUAAAAAUAUAUACCGAAAACAGAGUGGAUCACCAACGCUGGAUACUGCUCCCAAUGGACGUUAUGGAAUAGGAUACUUGAUGGCAGACAUGCCAGAUAUGCCGGAUAUGCCAGAGUCAUCUGACUUGUAGCCUGGGGGAAAUCAACAGGCUGUGUCUGGUUCAUUUUAUCAAUGAACAUUGGCUCUACUAAGAGAAGCAUUAGGCUUCACUUACCGGAGGGCAAUCUCAGGUGUUCUAUGGUUGUGCUCUUUAUCCUAACAGUACAUGUCGAUUCGGCUAGAGCAUUCCUUUGGAUUCUUUGGUUUACAUUUGUGCAGAAAGGAUUACAUGCAAAGCUUACAAUGAUUGAGGUCCAUGUUUGUCUGGAUUUUUAAAAAGCACUUUUGGUGUAUUUUCAAGUAUUUCUAUCUCUACAAAAACAGGUAUUACCUCAGUUUCUAAUAAUUUCUGGAUUUGAUAGUAUUGGCUAUUCGAUAAUGAUAUAACCUUAAAAUCUGUAAAUUUGCCUUCAGGGUAACUCACAGUAUUACAAUGAGCAGUGGUAGAAGUUGGUGCCUCUCACACGUUUCCAUGAAUAUAUUGUGUGGAUAGGCUGUACUUAUUUUGGUAGGGAUGAUACCUUCGUAGGCACUUAGCUGAAGAAAACUACAAAAUAUUUUCUUAUGUAAUAGCUGAAUAGAGCAAUAGCAUCAAAGAUAAGAAGGCACUAAUGCGGGGACGAAAGGUUAGAGGGAGAAGUGGUUGAGGAACAUGUGAAUGAUGGCUGUAUAUUUUGUGUAAAAUACAUGUGUGAAAAUGCUAUAAGAGUGAGUCACUCAGCACCCUCAAGAAUGAUGCAGAUUUUGCAUUUUUCUUAUGCCCUGUGCCUAAAAACCUACUUGAUAUUUAUUGUGGUUUUAAGAUUACUCAUAGUAUAUUUAUAUAAUAUACUUGCAAUGUAUAUAGAUGUAUAUCAGUGCUCUAAGUACUGAUUUGAAAACUUGAAGCAAGAUGGCAUUUUAUUUCAUAUAUUUCUGUUUUGCUUCUGUUUUAUGCAAAUAUAAAUCCUUUUUUAAGUGAUUGUUAAAAUUGUAUGGCAUUACAUUUUAAUCUACAAAUAAACAAAAUUUAAAAAUGC